GUUGAAAUGAGGAAGGGUAGUAUAGUUAAGAGAGAAAUAAGUUGAACGCCAACGCCUCAGCCAGUUGGGGCUGAAAUAAUUCAGUUAAAGCACUCAGAUAGUAGAGCAAAGAGGAGAGACAAACUUACGCAUAAAAACUCGAAAAUAUAAAGAUUAUCGGUAAUCCAAAAAUAAAGAUUAAUCGUCAUUUGAAAAAGUCAGAAGGGUCUAGGGUUAAGCUGAGUGAUUGUAUUAAAUUCAAGCAUAAUCAUAACUUCGAUUCGCUGUAUAAUAAUUCUCAGACUAUUUACAAAGAAGUAAUCGAGAAAUCAUUAUUUUCGAUGUCAGCUCAGAAAUCACAAACAAAUAGUAAUCAUAAGUUAGCUGAAAGUCCGUGAAGUGGAGGAAAUUUACGUGGGUCGAAGUAUCCCAGUCAACCAAAACAAAAUUAAUAAAAAGAUUAAGGCAUCUAAGCCUCCUAUCGAUGCUAAAAUGAGAAUAAGCAAGAUGAUAGAAAAGAUCAACUUAACAACCAAAUCUGAGAAGAUGAGCGAGCUAACUCGAAAAUCAACAGAUCCAAAAGCUAAGAAGCACAAUAAAGAGGAUAUUAGAACAAUAUAAUAAUUGACAAAUUCUUUAAUAAGGAGAUUGAUGAGGAGAGUAGUAGAAUGGCAAAAGAUUCCUUCAUCCAAGGUCAUCUUGACAGGGUUGAGGAUAGAAAACAUAAAUCUAAGUUUGAUAAAGUUAUGAUUAAAGACAUUAUGCAUAAUGAAUUUAUGGUAGACAAAUACAAACCACCCAAGAGCGGAUUUAAGAAAAAGGAGUAUUCAACUAAGAGGAUAAAACUCAAAGCUCUAAGGAGUAUAGAUAAGACACUCACUUCCUUACACAAGAGGAUACAGCGAUCUUUGGAUAAUAGAUCCAUGGUCUUUACCUCAAGUAAAAAUAAUUUGAAAAUUAGUAAUUCAUCAACCAAUGGCAAUUCUUUUCCCAACAUUGUUGAUGAUAGCUUAUGCUGAAAGAACAUUUUCACUAGCAACCAGAGCUUGUCCUCCAUAACAGUCAAAACCUCGAACGCAAAUCCUCUAAACAUGUUCAGAGACAACUCUGAGACACUGAGCACUCACCUACCUCCAAACUACCCUCUGCCAGCCUCUAAUGAACACAACUUCCUUAAAUCCACCUUCUGCAAAUCACUGACCCGCUUCAAAGCCCCAAUGACCCAACCUCAUGUCAAAAGGAGAUCGGCUUUUUCUCGAUACAAAAAUGCUACACUUGAAAAAUCAUCUCAAAAGUGCCAAAAUCCUUCAAAUUCCCCAUAUUUCUCUAAAUUUUUGAAGAUGGACAAAGACCAAAAAUCAGCUAUUUUUAGAAGGAGGACUCCUUCUAUCAGCAAGAGCAUUCCACUGCCCAAGAGUUUACACAGAUUGAUGAAACUUGAGUAAAUAUUAUUCAAUUUUUAA